AUGGUUUCUGCCUCAGACAUUCAAGUCCUGGCGCUCCUCAAAACUCGAAUGAGUGGAAAAAAAGCUGAAAAGAUUUACAAGAAAAUGGCCUUUGAUAGCCAGUUCCACCAAGAUCCAAUUGGCUUCUAUGGAGGGAUUUGCAUCCUAUGGAACCAAGCAGCGGUGGAGGUUAAAAUUAUUGAGGUUCAUCACCAAUUCAUCCAUACAAAGCUAUUUUGGAAAGACCAAAAUAAAGAGGAGUUGUUUACGGUGGUUUAUGGCAGCCCUAGAAAAAUGGAAAGGAAAGGCAUGUGGGAUAGUCUCAUCAGAUUGAAAAACAACAUAAAUGGUCCUUGGGCCCUGAUGGGAGACUUUAAUGCCUACUUGAGGCCUUCAGAGAAAAAAGGUGGAGGAGAACCAAAUUGGAAAGCUACCCAAGAGUUCCAAGACUGCCUUGACACUUGUGGGUUAGCUGACCUAGCUUUCAAAGGCCCCUCCUUUACCUGGAGAAGGGGAAACCUUCAGGAACGUCUAGAUAGGGCGGUGGCUAAUGAGGAUUGGCUGAUUCAAUUCCAAGAUAGAAUGGUCUCUCACCUCAAUUUCAAUGGGUCUGAUCACAGACCUAUUGUUCUUGGCCAGCAGGUGUUUCCUAGAGAAAAUAAGGGCCAGAAACCGUUCAAGUUCCUUGCUUCCUGGCUUACCUAUGAAGAGUUUGAUAGCAUAGUCAAGUUUAGCUGGGAAAAAGAUGUGGAUUGGAUUUCUGCCUAG